AUGAAUGCCGCAUUGAUUAGCAAGUGGAAGUGGCGUAUUCUUGUGGAGAAGGAAGCGAUAUGGAGGGAUAUUAUUAAUGCAAGAUACGGUAACACUAAGUUUAAGGUUUUAGUCGGGGACAAUUUGAUGUUGGGUAGGAAAGAUUCAAUUUGGUGGAGAGCUUUAAUUAUAUCGGACAACUAUGAGAAUCUUCAAAACAAGCAUUUUGCGGGAGCAAUUGAUUGUUCGGUUGGGAAUGGAGAAGAUAUCCCUUUUUGGUAUGCUUGUUGGUUAGGUCUGCAAACUCUAAUGGAGGCAUAUCCGGAGCUGUACCGUUUUGCUAUAAAUCAUUUGGAGGCUGUUUGUAAUGUUGGAACAGUGCGUGACGGAAGAUGGGAUUGGAGAGUCGAUAAAUUGGUGGCUGUGGGCAGUGAAGGUGUAGUGCAGCAGCAGCACUUUGUGUGGCUGGCCGAACUGCAUUCUAUUAUGCAGGGGCUGCAUUUUCGUGACAGCAGCCCGGACGGAUUCGUGUGGAACUUGUGCGACGAUGGAGUUUUUACGGUAAGCUCAUGCUAUGAACGCUUCAAGGAGAAGCUGUCUGGUCCUCCCUUAUGUCAUGCUAAGGUAACUGCGUUGGGUCAUUUGUGGAAAAUUAAAUCUCCUUCUAAAAUUCUGUUUUUUGGGUGGCGGUUGAUUCUUGAAAAAUUGGCCACUAAGGACCAAUUGGCGAGAAGGGGAAUUCUAGUAGAAGGCAUUGAGACCGCUUGUGUGUUUUGCCAAUCGGAGGAGGAGACUCUAACUCACUUAUUCGCGGGUUGUUCGGUUACUUUAGGAAUAUGGAGGAAAGUGUUUGGUUGGGUGGAUCUUGGUACAAUUAUGUCUUUGGAGGAUUUUGUGAGUUUCUUCCAUAAUUGUAGCAAGAUUAAGAGUAUCAUUAAGAGGACUAUCGGAGCGGUGAUUUGGCUCUCGACGGUGUGGAGUUUAUGGCUCAAACGCAACGCGAGGAUUUUCAAAAAUGAGGCCUUUAAUUUUGCCGAUCUUAUAUCGGAGAUUGUCUUCAACUCUUGGAGGUGGCUCAAUUUGUUUUAUAAGCGGGUAGAAUUUUUUAAUUUUUAUCAUUGGAAUAUCCUUCCGCUCUCGUGUUUUGAGGCUUAG